GAGGUCUUUGAGUCUCUCUUCUCUCCCCCUCCCUCUCUCCCUGCUGUCUCCAGGUAACCUCUUCUAGGCUUCUGUCCCCUCUCCUGAGGACAUCACUGCUCCUCCUCCCUUCUUGUUCCCAGAAAAGCCAUUCACACUCUCUUGUCACUUUCUCCUUCCUAAGUGUCUUCCUGUCCUCCCCCAGAUCUGAGGUCACCCAGAGGAAACCUCAGGACAAGGGCCUUGCUGUCUCCCCAGCUCCUUUCUUUCCUGCCUCCCACGACUCUGCCUUGCCCAGCGGGAACAAGGAUGGACAGGGCGGGGCAGGGGAGGGGUUCCUAAAGGAGCACUUUGUGGGUGGGGUGAUCUGAAGGCGGAUACUGAGAGGCCUCCUAGCAGAGAGGAAGAAAAGGUCCAGGAGACCUGGACUCUCCACCAUUUCUCCCGGAGCAAGGGCCAGUGGCAGGGUUGAACCCUCUCCUAAGAUUCACCCUCUCAGGAGCGGCUGCUGGCUGGGGCAAAGAGGGACAGAAACGGAGGGACAGAAUAAAAAAGUGGAAGGAGUUAGAGCAGACACAAUGGCCUCCACCAGUAGCUCAUCCUACAGCUGUUUAUCGAGAUCCAGGAACUAUUUUUUUAAAUUAUUUACUGGCUGGUGACAUAGCUCAAGGUUGACAACCUGAGUGCAAUACCCAGGACUCUCUUGAUAGGACUAAACUCCUACAAGUUGUCCUUCUGCCUCCACACAUAUGCUUUGGCAUGUGUCUACCAUAAAUAAAUAGUCAUUUUAGCACAUUUAUGUGUAUGCAUGUGUGUGUGUGCGUGCAAGCGCAUGGGUGAGUGUACCUGUAUGCACACACAAAGGCACAGAGGGCAUUGGGCGCCCUUUUUUUACCAUCCUCCACCUAUUCCUAUGAAGCAGUGUCUCUCCCUGAACCUGGACCUCGUAUUUUCUUGGUUAGGCUGGAAGCCAGCAGGCCCUGGUGACCUACCUGUUUCUGUCUGCACCCUCCCUGCACCUUAAAAUUGGACUGGAGUUGCAGGGAGGUGCAUGAUAUCUGGCUGCUACUUGGAUGCUGAAGUCGCAGGGAGGUGCAUGCUAUCUGGCUUCUGCAUGGAUGCUGGAGUUGCAGGGAGGUGCAUGAUAUCUGGCUGCUACAUGGAUGCUGGAUUCACAGGGAGGUGCAUGAUAUCUGGCUGCUACACGCAUACUAGAACUCAGAUUCCGGUCCUCAUGAUUGUCCUACAAGCAGUCUUAACUGCCGAGCCAUCUCCCCAGUCCCUUGUUUUGUUUCUGUUUGGAUCAGGGUCUCACUGAGUCCAGGAGCUCAUGAUCCUCAGGCCUCAGCCCCUAAAGUGCUGCAUCGCAGGUGUGAGUCUUCCAGCUAUGCCUCAGGAGCCAUUUCAGUAUCACUUUUAGCCACAGCAGAUGUCCUGUGCCGUGUGAGAGGCCGAGCUAGAGAGAUGCUGCACCGGGUGGGGACGAGGUUUGUGGGAAAGGAAACCACUGAGACAGAAAGACACACACACACACCACACACACACACACACACAGCCACAUGUAUGCACGUGUGUGUGCAAGAGGGAAGGAGGACAGGGUGGGGAGACCUUGAAUAAACGUGCACAGAAGUACAGGCCAAACUGGGUGUGGUAACAGCUAUCUAUUAACUAGGAGAUGAAGGCAGGGGAAUCAAGGGUUCAAGGUUAUCCUCCACUAAGACUGGAGUUGAGGCCAGCCUGGGUUCCUGAUGCCUUGUGUCAAAACAGAGACAGAAAAGAAACACCAGGGGGGUUGAGAUGGCUCAGGAGGUAGAGGUCAAGCCUGAGGGACCCACGUGGUUGAAGGAGGAAACCAGUACUCACAAGUUGUGCUGUGGUGAGUACUGCACAUCCUUGCUGUGGCAUGGCCCACGAAUGGAAAAUACACAGGUGAGAGGGAGGAUAAAGAGGCAGCGGGGGGAAGUCAGCAUCCUCCAACCGAGGCUCUGCCAGGGGCAGCUGAGGCACAGCAAUGUUCUCUGCCACAAAGCACCUUUGUCUGACCUCACAGGCCAGCUAAUAAACACUCAAGUGGAUGAGUCCUCUCUCCACCUCCAUCCUUACCCCGCCCACCCUUGUCUCUCUUCCUAACCUCUUCUCUUCCAACUUCUCAUUCUCCUCAGAAGCAUAAAAGCCAGGACCCCAAGAGCUGCUGAGUGUGGCCGACGGCACCCAGCAUCCACCAGCUGUGUGCCCUGUUCCUCCAGCUUCAGAAUGGCCUGCAUGCAUCUGGCCCUCCUUGUCGCCAUCCUGCUGAGUCUGGCAGGGACCCCCGAGACUGUGCCUGUUCACAGGGGACGAGGAGGAUGGACCCUCAAUAGUGCUGGUUACCUCCUGGGUCCUGGUAAGUGUUUUUGCUCCAUACUCCAUGGACUCCCUUAUUCCCACUCUCCAAGGAUGACCAAGAGGAGCCUGGUAGAAACGUUUAUCAGACCAAAGAAUGGAGAUCUGCAAGUCCUGGACAGGGAUAUUCCCAGCGAAGCUGCCCUGAAGUCGUAGAGACUUAGCCACGCCUCACCCCUCAUUCUUUUCCAGCUCAUCCGGCCCUCUACCCCCUCUCACUGCUCUGAGACCAAGACCCUACAAAACUAUCCCCAAAUCUCACUAAAACAUGUUGUAAUAUUUAAAGAAUUAUGCGGCUGUAACUCUG